CCGCGGGCCGCCAUGGCCGCGUCCCCCGGCUCGGGCAGCGCCAACCCGCGCAAGUUCAGCGAGAAGAUCGCGCUACACACGCAGCGUCAGGCCGAGGAGACGCGGGCCUUCGAGCAGCUCAUGACGGACCUCACGCUGUCCCGGGUUCAGUUUCAGAAGCUUCAGCAACUACGCCUCACACAGUCUCGAAAUCAGUACCAUGGAGGGUCAUUACCCAAUGUGAACCAGCUGCGCAACAGUGCAGCAGAAUUUCAGCCAUCAUUUCACCAGGUUGAUAACAUUCGAGGAACACGUCACCAUGGGCUUGUCGAAAGAGUCUCCCGGAAUCGCUUUCAUCCCUUGCACCGAAGAUCUGGGGAUAAACCAGGAAGACAAUUUGACAGCAUUUCUUAUGGAGCCGGUUACCCUGCCCAGCCUGGGGAUGAGAGUUGGACAAGGCAGCAGCCUCCUUGGAAGGAAGAGAAGCAGCCCGGAUUCAGGCUGACAUCUGCACUUAACAGGACCAAUUCAGACUCUGCUCUUCAUACCAGCGCCUUAAGCACCAAGCCACAGGACCCCUAUGGAGAAGGUGACCAGUCUUCCUGGCCUGCCCAGUGCAUGGGUUUCUGUGAUGGUGAGAAUGAUGGAUUUGGAGAAGUUAUUCCUUUCCCCAGCCCCGUGAAAGAGGAGAAUCUGCUGAACGUUCCCAAGCCACUGCCAAAACAACUGUGGGAGGCCAAGAAGAUUCAGUCCCUUUCAGCUCGCCCUCGAUCCUGUGAUGUGGGAGGUGUCAAUGCCUUUCCACAUAACGGCCAGCAUACAGGACUAGCACCUUUUCUGGGGAACCUAAACACUGGAGGGUCAUUACCAGACUUAACCAGCCUUCAUUCCUCAUCUCCUCUACCUACAUCUUUGGAUCCUGAUGGCCACUGGUUUGGCAGUAUGAGUGUUGGCAAUAGUGUGGGAAAUCUCCCAGCUGCUAUGACUCAUCUGGGGAUUAGAAGCUCUUCAGGUCUUCAAAGUUCUCGGAGUAACCCCUCCAUCCAAGCCACACUGAAUAAAACAGCACUUUCUUCCUCCCUAAAUAUCUGCCCGCAGACAUCUGUUCACAAUGCCUCUGCUCUUCAGCCGUCUCUCCGUCUGUUUUCACUUAGCAACCCUUCUCUUUCUACCACAAGCUUGAGUGGCCCAAGUCGGCGUAGGCAGCCUCCAGUGAGCCCUCUCACACUCUCCCCAGGCCCUGAGACGCCUCGAGUUUUCAGCAGACAGUUUUCCUCCGCCAGCCCUCUGAACCAGGUCCCUGCAGCCCAGGUUGUUCCUUCUGAUCGAAGUCCCCUUUCCUUCCUUCCCCCCGAAGCUCAAACCCCACUACCACCCCCUUAUCCCAUGCCUCAAGAGCUCCCUGAGCACCCCCUGCAGCAACCCAGAGCCCAAGAACAAGCCCAUGCCCAGCAGCCCCAGCUCUCUUCACCACCACAUUCGGAUUUUGAGCUCCUCUCUCCCCAUAGUUCUUCUUUGACCAGCUUUUUCCCAGAUGUGUGCUUUGAACAACAGGCCUUAAGGCAAGGGCCAGCCUUUUCUCAACAGGCAGCCAUGAUGGAGCAGGCUCAGAGAGGGCUGCAGAAUUCCAUUCAGCUGCGACCAAAUUUCCUGUAUUCCGGCUGUGGGAGUUUCCCAAAUACCGUCCUAACUGAAGACACAAAUGCCAGUCUGUUCAAAGACUUCAGUAACACAUUGGCAGGCCUGCCAGAGUCGAACUUUAAUACAGACAGUCUUUUUCCUUUGGAUGAUGAAUUCCAGAUUGAACCCCUGAGCUUGGACGGACUCAACAUGCUGAGGGACCCUAGCAUGGGCUUGCCUGACCCCUCGGUGGAGGAAACAUUUCGAUCUGACCGCCUGUGAGCAGGAGGUUGUGCUAGAGCACCAGACUGUGUCUGAAGCAAAGCUGCAGAAGUGUUCCCUGCCAGCCCUGGAGCCAGCCCCUGGGAUCCAGCAGGCAGGACCAGCUCCUCGUCUUGGAGGCUUCAGGUGGGGCCCAGACACAGCCACCAUCCCUCUGGCGCUGAGGCCACCGGCCGAGGGAGGCCCUGUGUCUGGGGGCAGCUGCUCUGGUGUGACAGAUGCUUCUUUCUGAAGAGCUCCUCAGCACGGCCUCACUCACUGUCAGCACUCCUGGAGCUUCACGGUGGAAAAAUCUUGCAUAGCAGGAGCUGUUGCCAGCCUCAUCUGGUAGUCCCAAGAGCAGUGAGCUCUGAGAAGGGAUUUGGGGCCUGGCGUGCUUCAGGGGGCUCUGUGAAAUGAUUACAUCGGCUUCGCAUUUGGUCUGUGGGACUAUAGCUGGGUAGCGAAUUCUCGGCCAGCUGGAGCUCUGGCAGCCAAAUCCAGGCAGUCUCUGGUGACUAGUAGGUAAUAGCCCAGUGUGCAGAGAACAGCAUUGCUAUUUGAGAUACCGCAAUUCUUAUUCCAAAGAAAGACAGGGAGCCCCACCCCAGGCUUUAACUGGGCAAACUGAAUGUUAAUUUGGCUUCUUUCUCUAUCUCAUUACCCCCUGCUGCUUCCAUAUAUUUUUCACGUGGCACAGGAAAGACAAUGCUAAUGAUCCCUGAGAAAAUGCCCCUAAUACCCAAAUAGCCUGAGGGGAAAAAAGUAGCUGAGGAGAGAAAAAAUGACGGGGUUUGCAGGCCAACUUUGCCAGAGAGUAACUGACUGGAGGGUUGGCAUCCUGAAUCUAAUUCCAUCUCAGCAGCAGGCAGCCCUGGCUAGAGCUGUCUUUUCAUUUCCCGUCCUGUGCCAAGGGUGGCCAUGCCAAUCUGUCUUGCCAGGGGCUAAUCUUCUAAUUCAGUGAUCCCCAAAGACCUCUCCAGCCUUGCUUCCUGCCCACUCUUUUCUGAUCUUUAUUUCUUUACAUCACUUAGCUUGUGGUUAAGUGUGCACAUUAGCAUGUGUCAUUAGGCAGCAGAUUCCUACUUGAGUAAAGCCAACGAGUUCUCUUUGGGGUCACAUUCCACAAAGUGCACUGGGGCACAGGUUUCGGCUAGUAUCCUGAAUGCCUGAGCAUUAUGGGAGCAAGGGCUGGCCCUGUGCAGAAAGAGAAUUGGCACUGCAGAUCAAGUGGGGUGUGAGGGGCUCUGAGAAGGCAUUGCCACAAAAAAUGCUCCCCAUAGAUCUGUGCAGAUAUUGCUUUGAAUUCUGUAAUUAGAUUCACUCCUUUGGGUCAAGAUAUUAUUCUACAUUAAAGCCAUUGGACAUUAAUGUAAAUGUUUUUCCCCUGGGAAAGCUCCUUGAGAGUUGGGAAGUGCAGCAAGUAGGUUUUGAUGGGUCCAGACCCCUUGUACAGUGGCAGAGAUGGGGGUUGAGUGAGCUUCCUCCAUGGGGGGGGCAAAGAAGCCAGGGGUGACUGAGCAUGAGAGCCCUGGACAGAUGGGCAGAGGAAAAGAGGAGCCCUGGAAACCAGAUGGAAGGGUGGCUAGAGCCUCUGACCUUGUUCCCAGCCUCAUCUUUUUGUAGCUGUGCCCAGGUCUAGCAAUAUCACAGAGUCUCCUUGGAAACGACCACGAUUCUACUCACAUUGAAUGUACCAGAGAAUCAUCCCAUCUGUCCUUGUAGGAAAGAUAUCCUAACAUCUUGGAUGGCUCUGCUCUGCAGAGAGGAGACAUCAUUGGCAAACAUGAGGAGGAAGCCCCCUGGCUUCUCCUUAGCCCUCCAGGGCUACAUGAGGCUCCAUCCUCCCUGGCCUGUGCUCCAUCAGAUUACUCAGACACCUGCUGGCCAUGAGGGAAGCCCUCCAGAAAUUUAACUGGGCCUUAGGGCUAGGCAGGUUAAUAAGGAGACUGCCUGGUUUGUAUUCUUCAAAUUUGGGUCCUCAGGGUAUAAUUAUGGUAGUGUGCCUUCCAGCAUAAUUUAAUAACUACUACUAAAUCACCAGUGUGCCUGAAAAAAGCUUGAUCGUUUCUGACACCCUUAACUAAAGAUGGAAGUGACCUGGAACAGUCAACCUCCCUUAGACCUAAUCAAGGCACACCCACAUGUGCACUUACUCAGAUACAGAUGUAUAAAACAAAAAGAUUGCAGUCCAGUGUCCCCCUCCCCACCCUUUCCCAGUUCCUAUGCAGAGUGCCUUUCCCCCAAAGAGGUCCCAGUGCUCCAUGUGGUGGAGACUCAGGCACCCAAGGAGAGCAAGUUUACUGCUCACAGGGCCCGAUUGGGCAAGGUGUGCCUUCCAGAGCAGCUCUUCACUACUUUGUAGAGUCUAAUGGUGAGAAUGUUGCUCAGCACUGAACUCAGCUUGUCCUGAAGUCCAGAUCUUUUCUUUGUAAGAGGUUUGGGGCAUCAUCAAACCUGCCUUCCUUAAACUGUGUGAAGGAUGCAUCACAGAGUCAGCAUGGGUCAGGCUCCCUCAUUUCCCUUCCUGCCUGGGAAGCAGCUGUGUGCUUCACAAUAGACUCUUUGUCAACAUUUAUUUAGGUGGAAAGAAAUCACCUCUUUGGUUAUUCUCACUUACUAGCAGUUAUGGCAUAGAACUGAAAUGUCUUCUAGCUCCCACUCAUUUCUCACUCUGAAGUUGUGGGCUUUUCAGUUGCCCACUGGUAGAAGAGUGCUUGCUUGGUGACUUCAAGAUUAAACCUCCACAGUCUGUAAUUUUCUUUCUUCUAAAUCUACAGUGUAUUAUCUGAAAUAAAAUAUGACAUAUCUGAGCACAUGUGUAUCUUUGAAGACCUUUCUGGCGUUUGUUAUUUUAGUUGGCUCUUGUAAUUUAUGCACAGAUGGUUCUGAGUGUAUCCCAGACACUUCAGAAAGGGACCAUCCCUCCUACUAAUUGGCUUUUCUUUCGGUUUCCUAACUUCUGUGCUCCACAUCCGAUUAUAUUUUUUAAAAAUUGAAAUUUGUAUAAAGUAACUUCCAAGUUUUAUAACGCAUUGUUUUACAUCUUUCAUAAUUAAAAGCAGCACAAUAAAGUUC